GCCGCAACACCCUCUUCACGAACUCAAAAGGACGUAGACUCACGCAGUAACGACGCACUCCCGACGUACGCAAACGAUGGCGCCAAAGAGAAAGGCGGCCGCCUCCGCCGCAGCGCGCAAGCGCAAGGCGCCACCUUCCGACUGGCGCACGCCGAUUUUCUACUGGCGCGGCGCCAUCAGCGGCGCUGAGUGGACGGGCACGUGGGUCGCCAGCGCAGCGGGCCUGCCGAGAGAUGCGGAGUUCAAGGAGAGCGCUAACACGUUCAGCCUCAGGUGUAGUCAGCCAUUCAUGUCGCUCGUCGAUGAAGAAGACCGCGAGGUGAAGACCGCUCACUUCACCGGCUCCUACAAGCUCGACAAUGGCGAAGGGCUUGCAGAUUACGAAGACGUAGAGCACAGCAUUGCCGUGUGCUUCGGACCAGAGUGGGCGAGCGUCGCUGCGCGCGGCACCACCGAGUUCGGCGACUUUGUCUCCCUGGGGAAGCUGCACGACGGCGCGUCGCAGGGCGGCUACCAGACGCUCACUCUCGCACGCCGCUACAUAGCGGACGGCGAUCCGCGGACGGCCAUGAAUGCCACGAGCGUGCUCGCGCGUGUCGAAGCCGAAGACAGCUUCGCGGGCGAGCACCCUUGGCUCGCUCUUCCGUGGAAGGUCCCGUCCUCGUGGCCAGCGCCGCUGCCCGUGCCCGAGGGCCUUUAUGAGACGACGGCGCAUGCGGACACAGCGCAAUAAGCUGUCUGUGCUAGGAGAAGCAUGCAGCGUCCAGUCUGUACUCACGCGUCACGGCGUCAGGCGCUCCGCCAUUGCUAGGGACCGCCUUCUCUCUCGAGUCUCACUCACGCUCCCUUGUCUCC